GGGACGGUCCUCCCUCCCUCCCUCAGGCAGCCUCUAAUUCCCGAGCGAGAGACCAGGGUGACUUGGCAUGACGUGGGAUCGUGGUCAGUGGGUCCAGGUCCAGCAGACAAUCAGCAGACAUGGUGCAGCUAUUCUGUAUUUUCUUCCUUAGUGGAUGUUCUGCUGCCAGGAAGAAGCAGUAGGAAAACAUGGGAGGACUGCAAGUUGAAGAUGGAGAGCUCCCAGCACUAGCAAUCGAAAGACAUUGUGCAGCUAUCCGUCUUGCCCUCCUUAGCAGAUUUGCCUGAGCCAACGUUAGUUCAGACAUGCCCUGCAGAAGAAGCAGCUAAGAGGUAAUUUGAGAAAUUGCAACGCUGAUGCCUCUAGACAGGGUAAACAAGCCGAGUCUUUCCCAACUCUGCCUGGAAUAUGCUACGGACUGGACUGGGAACCUUUUUUAUAUAAGGGUAUGAUAUUUCCCAGAGGCCCUUCUGAUGAGAGUUAAAGGAGCGGCGGGCAGCUCCCCAAGCAACACAUACAGAUCGGUUAGGUUACAGGAGGACAUCUGGUGUUCAGCACUUAAGGAACAGAAUGGAGACCUGAUCCAGAUCUUAACAGCACCAUUCCCACUAUUCCUCUUCUCGCCAAAGGCCUGAGCUGGAUUGGAACUUUGCACCUACUCCAGAGUAAAAAUGACGAGAAAAAGAGCUGCACUGCACGGGAUGGGAUUGAUUUCAAUAGCCGCCAGAGGGCUCUGCUGAUUAUGGAAGGACACAUGUGACUGAAGGAAAGACUGUUCAGCUUCACCAGAACUCAAACAAGAUGCCUCCAAAAAGAUCCAAAGGGAAAGUUCCUCAGACCUUGGGUCCAAAAAGACAGCUGAAGGGUCAGAGGAACUCAGUAGAGCAACAGAAGAACCUCCUUGUAGACGGGUCAGGGAAUGCUGGGGCCCCUGAUAAAAAAGCAAGGAAGCGCAAAGGCACUACUGCUCCCCAGAGAACCUAUUCAGGUGAGAACCCUAACAUCUGCACUGAAUGUGGACAGACAUUUGCACAGAGCUCCGACCUGGUUAACCACCAAAGAAUCCACACGGGAGAGAAGCCGUAUAAAUGCUCUGACUGUGGGAAAUCAUUCAGUGUCAGUUCCAACCUGAGCAGGCACCAGAGAAUUCACACGGGGGAAAAGCCAUACCUUUGUUCUGAGUGUGGGAAGAGUUUCACUGACAAGUCAACCUUGGUUCAGCAUGUGAGAACCCACACUGGAGAGAAGCCCUACCAGUGUAUUGACUGUGGGAAAACCUUCAGCCGUAGCUCCCACCACAAACGGCAUCUGAAGAGCCCGUCGGAGAAGCGGCAGGGCAAAUGCAGCCACCAGGGGAGUCCUACGUCUGAUGUCAUAGCUCCUGGCAAAGUCAAGAAAGCCAGAGUGUCAAAGAAGCAAAACUCUCCCUUUGAAAUCCCCCACACGUGUGCAGAGUGCUGGCAGAGCUUCAACCAGACCUCGGACCUCGUCAAGCACAUGCGCAUUCACACAGGUGAAAAGCCCUUUGAGUGUAACCACUGUGGGAAGUGCUUCAAUGUCAGCUCCAACCUCAUCAGACACAAGAGAAUCCACACGGGGGAGAAGCCCUACACUUGCUCUGACUGCGGGAAGAGCUUCACCGACAAGUCCACCCUCACCCAGCACAACCGCAUUCACACGGGGGAGAAGCCCUACACUUGCACUUACUGCGGGAAGAGCUUCAGCCGCAGCUCCCACCACAAGAGACACCAGCGGAUCCAUGCGGGAGAAAACCCCGUCUCUUUUCUGCCCCUGUGGCCUUACCCUAACCAAAUGUACUGAGAGUUGUACUGGAGUGUCACUUGGUGGAGCGGAAGUUGCAGUGGGCCUCUGCCUAGCUGAAGCCUGAACCAUCAUCUCAAAGCACCAGGUGCUUCUCAAAAAUUAAUAGAUUUAUUGCCUUUGUGGGUCCCUGGAGCAGCUAAGACAGAUUACCAGUACCCUAAAUCACUAACAUUCCAGGAUGGAACAAAAACAAAUUUGGAACUGCUGAAUCUCAAGGUCCACCCAGAGUCCCGUGGCAAAUAUGGUCAGAAUUCUUCCUAUGGGGUUUUUCCUGUCUUCCUUUUCCAGGGACUCCAGCCCUAUCCAGACUGGUCCCUAUGAUUUAUUUAAUGGUGUCUAAGAAACAGCCUAUAGAUUUUUAAAAAAAUAUCUGGUAGUUGAAAUAUUAUUGCAAUGUA